AUGGCCCUACCGCCUCCGGGUGAGAACGUGUCGCAGGACAAAGCGAACUACUUGGCCCAGAGUAGCCCCCAGCACCUGGCUGCCUACUACGAGCCUUUCCCGGGCUACAGCCACUACAGGAACCUCGCCAGCACCGAGGAGGCUUUUCAACCUCGGAAACUGGCAGCUGCAGUGUCUGCGUCUCAGGCGAUGACCCCUCUCAAUGCUUUUCGGUUGUCCCCUCCCUUGUUGAACCCGGGUCUGGCUGUGCAGAGCGAGCCGCUCUACAAUCUGCCCUGGUACAACAAGUCGUCACCGUGGUAUCCAAUUCCUCACUUCACUCCUGAGGUUCCACGAUUCCUAGACAGCCCUGAGUAUACGCGCAGCGGGUCCAGCAGCCAAAGUUUCCCCUUCUGUGGUGGCCGAAGCAACAGAGGUCAGUGGUGGGGAGCUGAAAAUGUACUCCUGCCAUCCUCGGGUAUUAUCGCUUCCCUGUUACCUGAUGCAUCUAAGACCUCCCAGUCAAUAUCUGUCCCCCAAACCUUGAACCAAGAGGGGCAGCUGCCUCUCCGCAGCUUCAACUUCACAGAGGAGGAACUGCGCUUCGUCCUCUACGGAGCCAUCGCUAGUCCCGGGCACCCAGCCAGUCUACACCAUGCAAUUUCAGGCGUCCUUGUUCCCACAGACAGCUCUGGGUCUAAUCAUCUUGCUAAAACCCCAGACAAAGACCCACUUCAGCUUCCGGAAGGUCUCUGCCUCAUGCAGACAGCGUUUGGUGACGCCCCACACUUCGGCGUGUUCUGUAGUAACUUCGUUGCCAAAGGGGUGAGAUUUGGACCUUUCCAAGGUAAAGUGGUCAAUGCCAGCGAAGUGAAGACACACAGGGACAAUUCUCGGAUGUGGGAAAUUUUUAAAGAUGGUCACCUGAGCCAUUUCAUCGAUGGAAAGGGUUCUGGGAACUGGAUGGCCUAUGUCAACUGUGCUCGGUUUCCCAAGGAGCAGAACCUGGCUGCGGUGCAGCACCAAGGGCAGAUAUUUUAUGAGAGCUGCAAAGAGAUCUACCACAACCAGGAGCUGCUUGUGUGGUAUGGAAACUGCUAUGAGAAGUUUCUGGACAUUCCCAUGAGCCUCUUGGUCACCGAGCAAGACAAGCAGCUAUCUGAGCCGUCUGAGGAGUCUGCAGAAGGUUACAGAUGCGAACGCUGUGGGAAGGUGUUUACCUACAAAUACUACAGGGAUAAGCACCUCAAGUACACUCCCUGUGUGGACAAGGGGGACAGGAAGUUUCCGUGUUCUUUCUGCCAAAGAUCCUUUGAGAAGCGCGACCGGCUCAGGAUCCACAUUCUUCACGUCCACGAGCGGCACCGGCCCUACCUGUGUUCAACAUGUGGGAAAAGUUUCUCUCAGUCUUCCAGCCUGAACAAGCACAUGCGGGUCCACUCUGGAGACAGGCCGUACCAGUGUGUGUACUGUGCAAAGAAGUUCACCGCCUCCAGCAUCCUCCGCACACACAUCCGGCAGCACUCCGGCGAGAAGCCCUUCAAGUGCAAGCACUGUGGUAAGCCUUUUGCAUCCCACGCUGCCCACGACAGCCACGUCCGGCGCUCACACAAGGAGGACGACCGUGGCUCCUGCACUAUCUGUGGGAAAGGUUUUCUGGACCAGGAGGCUUUCUGUGCCCACAUGAAGCUCCAUAAAGCCUGCUAG